UAUUAUUGCGGUUGGCCUGGAAUAGAAAAAGUAACCUGCCUAAAGAGGGGCUGCAAAUGGGACGAUCAUAGUGACCCCAUCGCAAGUUUCUGUUAUCUGGAGGAAGGAAAAGGUAAGCAUGCUAUUUAGUAAUACCGUAUUUAUUCGAAUAAGCGCCCAACCUCGAAUUAGCGCCCACCUCGAAUAAGCGCCCAUCCUAAAGGCAGAAAAAGUUAAUAAGUGCCCAGCCUCGAAUAAGCGCCCACCCCCUCCUCCUCCCAAUCAAACUCAAAUAAGCGCUCACCCCCACCCCACCCACUUGAGUGAAUAAAUUCUAAUAAGAGACUUCCCCGAGGACGGAGUUUUCUUAGGAGUAUUUUACCGAAACCUUGCUUUGUUACUUCUUUGCGUUUUGUAAUUAGCAUUUAUUGUUUUGUUGCAAAAUAAACAUACUACACUUGCUGAAAAUGGUGAAAAUUUAAUAAGCGCCCACUGUCAAGGUCCAAAAAUUUAAUAAGCGCCCAGGGCGGUUAAUCGAAUAAAUACAUAUACGGUACUGGCAUGUGCAAGAACUAUAAAAUUCUGAAAGAUGAUGCAACGCUUCCGAAUUGCCAGGCCCGGUUGCAUAAAACCUGCCCUUAAGUGUUCACAUAAGUAGGUCACUUACGAAUCCGUCAUUGGUACACUUACGGGUGUUGCGUGGAACGCACUUAGAACUCUCGUAAGUUUCUGUUUUGCGUGGUAACGUACAGGCUCACGUAACGGCACACGUAACUUUGAUUGUAGUACUUUAUUAAUGACUUAAUCUUUUUUUUUUUUUUUUUAAAGUUAGCCAUCGGUGAGUGUAAAGAAAGUGUCUAUUCGUUUCGAACACUUUUAAGCCUCUCAUUGAAAUAUAUUUUGCAUGUAAUCGUUAUUUUGCUUCAACAUCUACUGAAUUCAAAAUAAUUAUUGUUCUUCUUUAAUUCUCUCAACGACGGCUUUAAAGUGCAUAACAGCGCAUUAGAACGAAUUACGUAAAGAAAAAACUUUUUUUUCUCACUCCUCAGGAAUAGUUCUCGUUAACUUUCAGUAAAAACAGUAAGGAUACGGGACCUAGAUAGGCCCCGUAAAUUUACGUGCUAUUUUUCCCGCAAAAAACAGUUUUAUGCAACACCUGCAAUUUCUGUUGGAUAAACGACACUUAAGUGAACACAUAAGAAAAUAUCGUAAGUGUAGCCACUUAAGUGAUUUAAUGACAAACAACUCAGUAAGCAAGCUAUCAGACAGGGGAAGUUGAGAGAAAUUACAAAAUGUUUGCUAACUCGGUUUUCAUAACUCCAGGUGGAAGUAAAAGCAUGCUGAAAUGGCAACAUGCCAAAAAAAAAGUUUUCAAAAUUAUAUGUUGCAAUAACUGAGCGAUUUCGCCCACGCUUAUUGGUCGACAGCUAUGUUCAACAAUAGUACAGACCAUGAAAAUGACGUGAUGGUGACGCCAUUUGUUUUUUGUCUUUCUCUCGAGCUCGCUUUUCUGAGAAACUUCAAGGGGAAUGGGCGUCAGAAACUCGAUCUCAAUGUUAUUGUAAAGAAAAUAAAAGCGACAACAAUUUUCAAUAGUCUACACUUAAUUUCGUAAUAGUACAAACGUAAGCAAUGAGUUUUGAAAAUUUUAGGACCAGACCAUGGAAAAAUUAAAAUAUACCAUUCUAACUUGUUGUCGACUUGAUUAUAACUACUAUUAACUAAUACCUACUCGAGGUUUGAACAUUUCCAUGAUCGAUAAGAGUUUUUACAGUAACUGAGCGUCUUAUUGAAUACAUUUAAUUAAUUUAAAUGACAGAUCCAAGAUGGCGAAUGGUUAAAGAUCCGUGCUAAAUAAUAAAUGACGUCAUCAUGACAUCACUGCUAUUGUUAAAGAUUUUGAAUGUGUUAGCUAACUUCUUGAUUAUGCAUAUGUCAUGACAUCCUAUUAUUUCAAUAUUUUUCGCUUUGAGGAGAAAAAAUGAUGGAAUUUGGAUUCUGCCAAAAAAAAGUCCAAAAAAUAUGACGUCACAACACGUCAGAUUAGGUCAUUGUGUCAAUCAAAUUAUGCCUAGAUUUUGGGAAUGAUGAUUACGUUAUUCUGUGCAAUUUUUGAUGCCGUAUCAUGAGCGGUUUUGAUGUCAUAGACGGGGCCUCUGAAGCUCCACCCCUGGUCGCAGGACACAAAAAAAAAAAUCCCGGGGUCAAUUAAAUAAAACUUUUACAGUGUAAUUUAUCAAGUGUAGCCAUUGUUUUCAGACUCUAAAACAAUGGCUACACUUGUAAAUUACACUUCUGAAAGUUUUAUUAAAUUGACCACCGGUCUGAAUAGGGUAAAACAGUGGUAGCCCGCAUUGCAAGCGUAUUUUUUGUGCCAGGGAAAGUCACUUACUUAUGUUCGAAAUGUGGCCGCUCUCUUUGAUCACUGAGGAAGAUUGGCGAGAGUGGAAAUAUCAACCUUUGGGGUGGGCGCAAAAAUCAUCGAGUUUUUUAGAGUAGGUAUUGCGGCCAUAUGCGAGCACAAACAUUCGCACGCCCGAAGAAAACGCCUACAGUGCAGGCUAUCUCAGUUCAAAUGAUCGCGUCGUUAGCCGUUAAGCCGCUGUCCGUAUAUCCUCCAUCUAUCUUAAUUAAUUCGCUGACGCCGUUUUAAUUGGGUUUAUAUCAAUCUAUUCAAUUCGAAAUUAAAGUCAUGAAUGUAUUUUUAUCAACACUUUUUCAACAGUUCUCCCUGAAGGUCUUUGCCCUGCUGCUCCUUUCCAGCGCAAGAAAUGUGGUUGCGAUGACAUAACAAGGGAAGAGUGUCUUAACAGAGUGUGUUGCUGGGACGACACACUACCUAACGCAACAAAAUGCUUUGAAGAGCCU